AUGGCCUUCAAUUUCGAUUUACCUGCUUGCAAGGGUAAAGGGGUGCUGACUAAGCAUGCAGAAAUUGAGCUCGUGACACACCUCGAAUUUUGUACAAGCCAAAUGUCCUUCCUCUAUGUCCUACGACGUCCAACUUGCCUGAGGGCAUCAUGUAGAACAUAUGCGAGUAGCAGCUCGCCAGGAAAAGCUGCAGUCAAGCCGGCAGCUGCCAAAAAACCAUCCCCAGCUUCUAUCGGCCCGUCUGCGUGUCCGGAGGACACGGUAUUGACAGGGCUUAACUAUCUCAAGGGACAACCGACGGUGCUCGCGUUGCCGGACAAGGACUACCCCAAAUGGUUAUGGACAGUGUUACAGCCCAAGGUGUAUGAGGACGACGGACCUGGAGGGAAGUUGGAACGCGUGAAGCGGAGGGCAGCGAAUCGGCAGGCUAUAAAGGAUAGGAAUUUUAUGCUGACCCAAUAG